UCCACUCCAAGGUGACUACGGGAGUCUGACGUUGCCCAGCCGGAACGUAGCAGAAGCUACAGAGGGGGCCAUGGCUUCCGACUCGCGUUCGGCGUUUGGGGCCUCCGGUAGCCGCUUCCUCGUCGUAGGAGGCGGGAUCGCCGGAGUGACCUGCGCCGAACGGCUGGCUGCAGAAUUUCCCUCUGAAGAUAUUUUUUUAAUUACUGCUACUCCUGAUAAAGCAGUGGUGAACUUCAAACAGGUUUCCCGAACUUUGGAAGAAUUUGAUGUUGAGGAACAAGCAGACAGCGUCCUUAGAAAACGCUACCCCAAUAUUAAAGUUAUACCGUCUGCAGUGAAGCAGCUGAAAAGCAAAGACCAUAGGAUCAUCACAGAAGCUGGUGAGGAGUAUACCUUUGAGAAACUCUGCUUGUGUGCUGGAGCAAAACCGAAACUGAUUACUGAAGGAAAUCCUUACGUCCUGGGGAUCCGAGAUACAGAUAGUGCAGUGGAAUUCCAGAAACACCUAGCAAAAGCUAAGAGAAUAACCAUUGUAGGAAACGGUGGCAUUGCUCUGGAAUUGGUGUACAAAAUUGAAGGUUGUGAAGUUAUUUGGGCCGUCAAAGACCAAGCAAUUGGGAAUACUUUUUUUGAUGCAGGAGCGGCUCAGUUUUUGAUCCCAAAGCUCACGGCUGAAAAUCCAGAGCCCCCAGCAGCUUGUAAAAGAACCAAAUAUACCGCCGCAGAAAGAGAAGAACAAACUUCAGAGCAUCCUGGGAAAAUAGGAAGUGCAUUGGGCCCUGAUUGGCCUGAGGGCUUGCAUCUAAAGGGAACAAAGGAGCUUUACCACCAAGUUCAUAUUGAGAAUCUGUGCCAAAUAAAGAGGAUCUCCCCAGAAGAAUUCAAGCGAUCACAGAAAUUAUCCCUGGCUUUUCCAACUCUAAAAGGACAAAGGAGUGAAGAAGCAGAUGAAGAGCUUUGGCCUGUCUAUGUGGAACUCUCCAAUGAGAUUUAUGGCUGUGACUUCAUUGUUAGCGCAACUGGAGUGACGCCAAAUAUUCAGCCAUUCCUUGAUGGUAAUAAUUUUGCGCUAGGUGAAGAUGGAGGUCUAAAAGUCGACAGAUACAUGCGCACUUCUCUGCCAAACGUCUACGCAGCGGGAGAUAUCUGCACAACCUCAUGGGAGCCCAGCCCUGUUUGGCAGCAGAUGAGGCUGUGGACCCAGGCGCGCCAGAUGGGAUGGUACGCUGCAAAAUGCAUGGCGGCUGAUUCUUUAGGAGAACCGCUGGAAACGGAUUUCAGCUUUGAACUCUUUGCUCACUCUACAAAGUUUUUCAAUUACAAGGUGGUGCUGCUGGGAAAAUAUAAUGCGCAAGGCCUGGGUUUGGACCAUGAACUGAUGUUAAGGUGCACCAAAGGACAGGAAUACAUCAAAGUGGUGAUGCAGAAUGGGAGAAUGCUGGGAGCAGUGCUGAUAGGAGAAACGGAUUUGGAAGAAACCUUUGAAAACUUGAUUCUGAAUCAGAUGGAUCUCUCCCGCUAUGGCAAAGACCUUUUGGAUCCAAAUAUUGAUAUUGAGGAUUAUUUUGAUUAAACAUCGGGGGGGGGGGGAUCUCAGGAAAAUGAUUUUCCUGAACUGGGAUGGACUUAGACUUGGCGUAAUCUCAAUUUCAAGGGCAUGCGGAAUCUGACAAAAGACGAAGAACUCUUAUUUAAAAGUACCCCUUUAUCAUCCAAAAUAAUUUAUGGUAUGAAUGGUUUACAGUCUGGAAUAAAACAGCAACUUGAUUCUAGCUAGAUCAUGGCUGACUUAUUUCCGAAUGCUGUAAUUUCUCCUCCUACCUCUCCCUUCCCCCCCAAGUUAAAGUGUAAUGCUUCAUAUACCAUAUUUUUCGGAGUAUAAGACAGACUCCUCCACCCUAAAGAGGGUGAAAAGUUUGGGUGCGUCAUAUACACAGAAUGUAGCCUCACCCACCGGCUGGCCACCUUUGGCCUCUGCCUCCCAGCAUUUGCCUCCUUGAACCAAACAGCAAACAGCCUG